GUGUGUGUGCAAUCCAGUGAAAGCAAUCGAUGGCCGAACACGGUGUGCCCAUAUAAAAACCGAAACACCGGACAUCCUGUCAUCAUUCGUUCGGUCUCGUCCUCCGCAAGCUCGAAAAUCGUAUACGUCGUCGAAAAUCAAAACAAACGAAAAAAAACGGCAAUACCUGCUCAUCGUAUCAUCGACUGUCGUAAACCCACACGGACCGCCAUCAUGGGAUCGUUUUCGGUAAGCACAAUACCGAAACCUAACGUACCCGCGUACAUCGGUUUUACUAAAUGAUGUGUUUAGUAUUUUUAGUCUUUUUUUUUUUUGUAUGUCUGUAGAUUUCUACCAGAAAUCGCGCUCCGGACAAAAAUUCUAUAAAGACUUUUCUUAUAGACGCAGUCGGGCGCGUCGAGGAGACAAUCCUCGCGGUUUUCUUAACAAAUUAUGAGAGAAACUGACAAUUUGUUUGUAUAAUUUUUGUUGAUUUCUGGAUUACUUUGGCAACAAGGGAAAAAAUACGGUUGAUACUAUUCUGUUCAAAAUCGCUUUUCGUUUAGCAAUGGUUUAUCGUCGCGCACAUAUUAUACAUAAAUUAAACCACUCUACGAAUUCUUCUUUCAAAAAAAAAAAAAAAACAUUGGUACAAUCAUUAGCUUUUUCAACGGCACUUUUCGAUAUUUAUCGACUUUCGAGGGAACGGCAAUAUCAUUGUGGCCGUCCAAUAUAUUUAAAAAUGAAAUUGAAUUGAUAUUUAAUUGGACAUUUGGACUGCAUAUGAUUAUUUUUGUCUUCCGUGAAUUAUAAUAAUGUCGAUGCGACUGUAUAAUAGUUUAGUUUUCAUUGCGGGUAUAAACUCGACUAUUUAAAUUUGAAAUUCGCAUAACACGCAUCGAGUUGAUUUAACGGGUUGAACUCGCGAUUGCAUUCGAUGUCAGUCAUUCACUCGGUUUGUUAACGUUUGAGUAACUCUCAACGAAGAUAUCAGACGUCGAAACGUUCGGUUUACACGUCUAAACAUUUUCAAAUUUUCUAAAUUAAUCACCGGUUUCGAUUUCAAUGCGUUUGAGAUUUUUCAUAGUUCGGUUGUUUUUUUUUUUUUCUUUAUUUUGAAGACAAACAAUACACAUUAAACUGGGCUGGACGUUUCAAAUGUAAAUCGUUAACUUAUUGUAAAAUAUAAUCUUAAAACGGUUUUUAGAUUCAGAGGUAAGCAAGGAAUGUAUUGGUUUUACAGUUUUAUACUGAGAUUUGUUGUGUGCUUUUUUUCGUUACUUUUUUACUCUCUGUAAACAAAUUUUCUACCAGAAAUCUUGCUCCAGUAUUAUGGGUGAUUUCUGAAACCAAAUUUUGUCUCAUUGUUACAUUUUGGAGAUUAUUUUUUGAUUUUCCUUAUAGUUUUCAUAAUAAUUGACAAAACUCAAAAACACCCAUAGACCCUCUCAAAUUAUUAAAAAUAAAUAAACAAUUAUUCUAGACCCCCUACAAAAAAAAUUUACAUUGACCUCUAAAUUAAAACGACCUUUUGUGGUUAAUUACGUUCUUACCAUUACGUUUGCUCAUCACUGAAAUAACCACCUCCCAUGUAAUUCAAUCAAAUCUCCGUCUAUGAAUAAGAGGCGUAAUAUCGAACAAAUUGUAUUUUAACAUUUUACAGAACAUUUAUGUUUGAAGUUUUUUUUGUUAGGACACCAAAGUCGUUUGCGUGUACUAUAUUAUCGAACCGACAAUAAACGACGCGAAAAAAAAGAAAAAAAAACGUCCACGCAGUGAAUCACGCAACAGGCGGAAUUUAUCGAAUUUCUAUACCGCCGUGCGUUUUUCACGCUCGUACACGUUCCGAGUCCGAAACGUACACGCGAGACCCGCCGCAGUUACACCGUCGUCUGUGUUAUAGUUUCUCGUUCUCGCUGCGGACGUCCCGUUCAAACGUCGCGGGUAUAACGUUAUAAACUGCAUUUAAAGACGCGUAAUAGUAAUGUGUUUAUUUUUCUAUUUUUUUUUUUUUUUUUUUUUCCCCGUGUCUAAUACGCUUUUUCUCUGUUUCGCACCUGUCCGGACGGUCUUCGGCGACACAUCGCGCGCACGUCUACCGUACGCGCGGCGAGCGAAACAUCAUAAACACCGUUAAAACCUUGAAACUGUUAUUUCCAAAAACCGUUCCACAUUAUUUAUGGUAUUUUUUUUUUUUUUUUUAACGCCAUCGCGGUUUUUUAGGUGUUUUUUUACGCGGCGUGCUUGACGACCGCGUUCGCUAUCGGUUCGGCGAGCUGCGAACCAAAGAACGAAGCCGGCACGUCGGCCGACAAACACCAAGCCAACCGGAGGAGUUACGGUGAGUACCAUCAGUACGGUCUGCCGUACGCUCCGUCGUAUCACUCGCAUUACGGACCGGCCGCGGCCACCACGUAUCACGGCCACUACGCGCCCGCACACCACUACCAUCACGGCGGCCACCAUCUGCAUGGUUACGCGGCCGCGGCCACCCCGACGUACUACCACGCCCAUCAAGGCUACGCCCCGGGCCACUACAACGGCCAAUACUACAACCACGAGACCACCGUUCACAGUUACAACAAACACCAUCCGGUCGUCUACCAGUCGGUGGUGAACACGUACCCGACGGCCACCACGGUCGUUCACAAACCCGUGCCCGUGCCCGUGGCGCAACCCGUCCCGGUACCCGUCGCCCGUCCCGUGGCCGUCGAAGUACCGCGCCCGUACCCGGUGCCCGUCGCCCGACCGUACCCGGUGCACGUCAUCAGACCCGUAGCCGUGCCCGUAGCUCAGCCGUAUCCGGUGACCGUCUACAGACCGUACGCGGUGCCGGUGUACCGUCCGGUCCCCGUGGCCGUCAGGCCGGUCGUACAUCAUCAUUACGCCGCUGCCGCUAGAGUGCCGACCGCGGUCCGUGUACCGCUCACCGUCAGAUAUCCGGCCGCGGUACAACCGUCAUACCUUCAUCAUGCGCAUCACGCGCAGUACGCCCCGCAGUACGCACCGCAGUACGCACCGCAGUACGCCCCGCAGUACCCCGCGACCGUGGCCACGCCGGCCAGUUAUCUCCAACAGUUGGCGGUACUUAGGGCCGCGGCGGCGACCGCCGCCGCUGGAGGCGAGUACGCCGUAAACGAGGUGGGGGCGCAACAAACGCUCCAGGACGAAUACACGUACCUGCAGGAUCAACAGGACGUUUCCGUCACCACGGACGUCCAUCACCACGACGACGACGACGUCCAUCAUCACGACCACAUUAACCAUCACCAUCACGUGCACACGGCCGUCGACCAGGACGGCGGCAUCGGCGGUUACCCGUCGCUGACCGCCGACGACACGUUCAAGACCAGCCUGGGAGUGCCGAACACCGACUACACCGGCAAGAAGAAAUAAUAGUCGAACGACGCGGCGUCCGCGAGGACAUUCCCAAAGACUGUUGCAGGAGCCGGUGAUGCGAUAAAUGUUAUUAUAUUGUUAUUUUACUAUUAACAUUAUUAUUAUUAUUAUUAUUACUAUUAUUAUUAUUAUUAUUAUAUUAUAUUAUGGACUCCGAAGGCGAUUAUUCGUCCUUUUGCUGAAAUAAAUUUAAAAUUAUUACA